CGUUGCUCUGCGGCCAGUCCGGGAAGGCGCACCGAUGCGGGUGCACGCGCGUCUCUCGCUCGCACCACCUCGUCUGCGUGUUCGCGAGUGACGAAUAAAUAAAUCGUAAAUUGCGUAUUUUAUAGUGGCAGUGAAGAUGAGGUGUUUUAUAGUGGUGGUUUUGACUGUGGCAAGCGUGGGAGCGGCGACCGCUGCUGCCACCGCGUCUUGCGCCAUGUCCGAGGAGUUCUUCGCGAGACACAACUCAUCAGCUGAUGACAGCCACGAGCCAGAAGCGACUGACUGUCUGACCACCAACCCGCGCAAUGAAAACCAGCCCAAUACAGGACCAGUGUGUGGCGGGCAGUGUUGCGGGCGGGGCCGGGAGACGCAACUAGGGUCGUCGCUGCGGCGCGUGGCGGAGCGCCGGGCCGCAGCCUCCACGCGGCCUAUCGCCGAGCUGCUGCUGUCCACGCGGCGGACGCUGCAAGAGCACCUGACAGCUUUGUCGCACCAGUCGCAGAACAAAACGGCGGUGUUGUUCGCGCAAGUGUACCGGGGGCACGCAUCGCGCGCGCACGCGCCGCUGGGUACGUUGUACGAAGAUAUCCGAGCGCUGCUUCGGACGGACUCGGAUCGGGACGUCACGGGAGAGGACCUGGGGUCGCCUGCGCCGCGGGAUCUAGACGCCAGUGCGCGGAGGUUCUUCAGGGAUAUCUUCCCUGUGGCGUAUCACAACGUGCUGCGGCUGGAAGCCAAGCAGUUCACGCCCGAGUACGAGGAAUGCCUCAAAGAUGCCUAUGACGCUGUCCAGCCAUUCGGCGAAGUACCGCGACAGCUGGGCAAUUCGCUGUCGCGGUCGCUGGAGGCAGCGCGUGCGCUGUUGCAAGUGUUAGCGGUCGGUGCGGGCGCACUGGCUGCGAGCGAACGAGUGCUCGCCAGCACCGACGACGAAUGCACGUCGAAGCUCCUGCAGGCCGGCGGCUGCGCACGGUGUAGAGGCCACUCUGCCAGGCCCUGUAGGAAUUACUGUCUCAAUGUUGCUAGAGGGUGUAUAGGCUCGUUGGUAUCGGAGCUGGACGCACCGUGGGCUGGCUACGUGGAGGGCGUGGAGCGGCUGGCCAGGGCCGACGCGGACGCGGCGCUGCGGGCGUUGGACAGCCGCGUCUCGGAGGCCAUUAUGCACGCGCUCGAGAACCACGUCAUCUUAGAGAAGAAGGUUCGUCAAGAAUGCGGCCCCCCUACGACUGUGGACGUCCCCUCGCUAACCUCGCCCCGCCCCACCCCUGGCACGGCCCGCCGCGACGCCCUGCGCGCGCCCCCUCCUGACGCUGAACUCCUGCAGUUUGCUGCUUCCCUUGCAGCCAGCAAGAAACUCUUCCUGACUCUAGCUGACAAGCUAUGUGAUGAACCAGAUUUCGCGCAUGAAGGGAAUGACGGAUGCUGGAAUGGAGAAAGUAUUGGAGAGUAUACAAAGGCGUUAGCAGCGUCAGCUUCGCUCAACGAUCAAAGAUACAACCCCGAGGUGGCUGGAGGCGCGCCGCAGGAUCCGCGAGUGGCUGCUUUAGGAGACAGACUGCGGCAGGCGCGACAGUUGCUGGUGUCCCACUCUUGGGGCAACACCCCCGCGGCAGAGGCGUUCAUGCAAGGAGACGAGGCGGGUGACGAGGGGUCAGGCUCGGGGGGGCGCGGGUACCCUGACGACGGCUACGAGGACUCUGAUGAUGGAUCCGGAGAGGGCUCCGGCCUUGGAGGACCUAUCGGUGGAAGAAACUUCGUGGGCGAAGAGACGACCAACCCGGCGCCGCCAAAGACAUCUGGUGUGUCCAAGACACUCCCGACCCUCAUGACAGUGUGUGCGGCCCUGCUGACGACUCUCGGACACUGCCUUACCUAAACCAAGUGCCGUAACACCUGAGCUCUAAGACUACCCUCUCGCGACCCAGUGAGGCAAGAAUCUCCAUAUCAUUGGUGUGAAGUGAUGAGUGCAACGUUAUCUACAUGUGUGUGCAUUAUAACUGCUAAGACCUUAGUAGUUAAAUAGUCUGACUUUAUAAAAGACAUGUGGUCAUGUUGCGACGUUCCCUCGGGAACUGUAGAAUAGUACAGCUUACGGUAGCUAAUCCCAACUAGAAGAUCGACGUCAGCUUUCCAUAUUCGCGACGACAUACAUAUAUAAGUAUACCUAUUAUAUGAAUCUCGUUUUAAAUAUACAAACGGCAACUUGAAUCAUUUUAAUAAUAUCAAAUGUACAGUGCAUAUCAUUAUGUAUUCAUUUUGUAAAUAUUUAAUGGAAUCUUUGUAGCGUUAGGUGGAUUUACAUAGUAACGGAAGCUUUACUAUACAGCUGCAUUUACUGUCGGGACGACACGUCGAAAUUGUCAUAAUAAUGAAUUUAAAUUAAAAAAAAUAAACUUUUGAAGAAUCUCUAAUAUUGUUAUACUAGCUGAUUGGCAAUAAUUUUAUUAAGAGGAAGUAUAACGAUUAGACAAGAGUGAUAACAAUACUAUAAGGAUUGACUGUACAGACAUGUAAAUACCUAAAUACCUACUGGUCUAGGUGCUUAGCUAGUAAAUAUAUUUUGUUGCCAUAUUAAUAUUACGAAUAUUAUUAUUUAUAAUAUUAAUUAAGUCAUAACUUAAUCUAAUGCUAUGUUAUGUGAUACAGAUGUAGAUGUUAAGUUGAUGCAGUCGUGUAGGAUUUAUUUAUAUUUGGCCGUAGCUGUGUGCGCCCUGGACGAGCAGUCGGCAGUCCUGAGCCGUCUCAGGGCAAACGCGAUAUUAUUGUAAUAGAUUUACGUCUCUAAUUACCUUCGGAAGGCCUACGCUAACGGACUGUAAUGGAAAAAUUCCCAUUAUCCCUGGAAAUGCUUUUCUUCCCUCUUCGCCUAAUGGGACAUGAGUAAAGCUACCUUUAUUUAUUUGUAUAUAAUUUCCCAGUGAAGCAAAACGUAGCUGGCGCACUUAAGGCGAUCUAGAAUCGCCUUGACGGGAAUAAAUUACCACAAAAGUACGUAAAAACAAUUGGAAAUACGUAGAUAUAAUAAGUUUUAUUGUAAAUUGCUUUAAGAUGUAGAAGAAGACCUCAUUGUCAUGUGAUGACGCGGGGUUUGUAAAUGUAUUGUAGAUUAUAUGGAUUGUUGAAGGUGAGAGCCGGCAGGACCAGAAUGAAACAAAGGGCCGUAGACUUGUAUCAGAACUUACUAUUAUUUUCAGAUUUACUCUUGACAGCAUAUUUAAACUAAUAAGCCCAGACAAGCUAAAUUAAUUGCACAACUCCAUGUUAUACAUAAUCGAAAUGAAAACUCCCAUGCGAGCCUUUUAAUAUUAAUACCUUAUUUGUAUGUUCUCGUACAGCUAUUAACAGAUACUCAACGUAUUUUUAGUAAGAACAUUAUAGCAUAACAUUAAUUCUUAAUUAUACAUGUUGACGCAACGAUUUCACAAACUUUUACGUCAUUACACGUAUACAGCUUUGCAACUCAUAAUAAAGUCUGAGUCAAAUAAGUACACCCUUAGUUAAGAGACCCCCCACACUAGCGUCUUUCGAGCGUUGUCGUUCGGUAGGCGGCCAGCGACGUUGCGCGGACGCUGGCACGACGACGACGCUUAAGGACGCUAGUGUGGGGGGUCCCUAAGUAUGUCUACAAGCAUACAAUGAACACGUUACGUCACUGUAUAUGAGUAAAGUUUUGUCAAGUCUACGCAAAAGGCUCUUAAAGUACAUUUGUAAAUAUUGUUGGAGUGUGUUUGAUCGGAGACAAUUGCUGUUAUAACUGAGUAUAUAUUAUGGAAAUAAACUCUAUACUAUAAAAUUA